AUGAACGUCGCAGCCAAGGCAAUAGAGGAAGUCCAGCCAACAGAACUAGCAAAACCAGAUGCAGUACCUGGCAGCAGCGUCGGUGGAGACAUUGAUUUAAAGGUCGACACCGAAGCAGAAGCCGAUUUGCUGGCAGUGGAGGCUAUUCCCGAGUCGGCUCUGGAGGUGGUGAAGCGUGAGCUUAUUCGUGAGAUCGCGGAAUUGGAAUGGGAGUUUAAGCAGAUCAAAGAGGCUCUCUUUGCAGAGCGGAUCGCUCAGGUGGAUCGAAAACUGCAGCAACUGCGCGCCUCCGAAGCGCCUGAACUCCUAAAGGUUUUCGAAUUGGUGGAUGAGACUUAUAGCAUUCGAAAACAGGUUUGCAUAGACUUUUUACUUUUGCUAACCUGUAUUGGUCACUCUAUCACUAUACAGGUGGCAAAACAUCGACGUGACUUUGAACUGGAGGUGGCAAAUAAGGAAUUUGACAACGCCCUUCAGAUGACCACCUACGACGCAGAGGAGAAUCUGCGCACCACUGAGGAACGCGUUCGCUUGCGCAUUCAGGAAGGAAUCUGUGCCCUUCAGGUGGAACGCGCUAUGGCCAAACGCACACGUCAAACCCUUAAGACUGGUGCUUCUGGAGGAGGUGAAAAAUCCUGUCUUCAAGGUCCUCUGCGAGAUGAACCACUACGUCAACAGAAUGCGGGCUUGGGACACUCUAACCAUCACCUCCAUCACGAUCACCGUUCAUCGUCACCAUCGACUACCUUGAGACCAUCAGCGGAGGUUGCAGCGUUGCUGGUACCUGGGCUAGACGAUGACGAAGAGUUAAUGCGAAUGAAGAUUGAAGGCGCGGAAGAUGAGGAGGAGGAGGAGGGGGAGGAAGCUGUAGACAUGGAGGAGAAGAGAGAUGACUUAACAUCGGUGGUUUUGGAUCCCAACUAUCUGCCAGGGGUGGACCUUGAGCCACGGCGCAAACCUGUCACCCUUUCCCCUUCCUUUCCUCGUCUUGUCUACGAGCUGGAUGAGGAGGAUAUUCGUGUUGACAUUGAGUCCAUCACCAAUGCGAUCAAGGUGGGGCGACUAUUUCCUGUUCAUAAUCUGUCUUUCCAUACCGCUGAUAUAUUGACUAAUGGGAGGAUAAGAGGUUUGUUAAAUUAG